UCCGAUACGACCCCCCGCCGGCCAGCAACAGUCGCUCGCAUACCAAGCUAGGGAUCGAGCGUAGGGGAAGCACCUCCCACACCAAGCAACCAGCAAAGGUUGGCUGGAUCCAUGGACUCCCCACAAAAAAAGCUUGGAUCCAUGGACGGCGAGCUGCUGCCUGUGAGUGCGAGUGCGACCGUGGCCAAGAAGACCUUGGCCGCUCGUCUGUUCCAGGAUCAUGUCCUGCUGCUCAGCGCUUGGGCGCUCUUCACGGCCUUCGUCCUCGUCGUCUCCUGCGCAUUGGGCUACGCAAUCGCCUACGCACUCGACCACUUCCACGUCCCCUGCAGCCAGGCCUCCUUCUUUCUGCGGUGCCACAAGCCGACGGACGCGGAGGCCGCCGAGGUGACCGCCCUAGUGAUCGGGAUGCUGUGCUGCGCUACACUCCAGGCGGCCGCGGCGGCGCUGGCGCUGCUGCUCCCGUGCCGCCGUCCCUGGGUCCGCUGCGCCCUCGCCUACCUCGCCCUCGCGCUCACCAUCGCCGGCCACUGCAUGUACGCAGUCUUCCUCAACCACUUCGCCAACCCAGGAGACCUCUUCUUCAAGAUCUGCUGGACCGUGGCCUUCGUCGUCCUCGAGGCGGAUGACAUGAUCUGCUUGCUGGUCCUCCUGCUCCUAGCUUCCAAAGAAUAAUAUGUAUAGAGUGCAUUAUGCUGUGACAAUUGAUCUACGAGUAGUAGUCUACUUACCGUUAACUGGACAGAUCUCCCAUCACUUCAUCGACUAGUACUAGUUAUUUGGGUAAUGCGGGUCAUGUAAUUAGCCUGGGUUGUGGCCGUCUGAUCGAGAUACAGCUAUGGAGUCUUGGAUGUAGUAUUCGACCAUUGGCUAUAUAUAUAUCUAUAUCCAUAUGAGCAAACAUCAGU